AACUCAGCUAGCCUACCCUAAAUAAUUAGCCUGGUAUCACAGGACGCUAGUGCCGCACUGCACAGUGCAAACGCACAAACACACACGUAGCUACACACAUCAGUUCUGAUCUGUUUGAUUGUUAGCUGGUUAGCUAGACACAUAGCAAGCAGUUACGCAAAUCUGAUGCCAAGAUGAGCAAUACAUCUUCUGAGACCGACGUGGACUUCACAAUAGAGAUGUUAAAGAAGAAAUACUUGGGGCGAAGGGAACUGCUUUCAUCAGACAAUGGAACUGGGGGUACAAACUGUCAUUCUAAUGAACCUCCUACAUCGACGGUGACACCCUCCUCCAAAGUCAAAAGCCCCCACAGAGGACUGAGAGGUUACAAAACGGCUCUAAGAGAACUGUUGAAAGCUGUCACUCUCACACCAAUGCCCGAAAGGCUGGACAGUGAUGGUGUUAUGAGUAGCAGUGAUGAGGACCUCAGCAUGGACUACAAAACCUGCCCCCUCCUGGACACCGUGGUGCAUUACACAGAGACAGAUGUGACCCUUCCCUCCAGCCUAGCCAGUAGCCUGGGCUCCAGGGAGACAGAGCCUGGGCUCGGGAUGGCCAGAGAGGAGCAGGAGAGAGGGCUGAGGGAGCAACAGCCGCAGUCCUACUCUCUCCUCUCCUCCACCCCUGAUAUGGGACAGGUGUGCCAAGAGAUGCUGGUCAUCUAUCAACAGUUGAGAGCGGAGAGGGAGAGCCAGCAGCAGUGGCAGAGAGAGCUCCAGGAGAGAGAGAGCAGACUGCUCCGGAAGGAGCUGGCUCUCAGCAGGCUGCGAGGCGUGGAGGAGGAGGUCCACGCGCGCAUCCUGGAAGUCCAAGAGAAACACCAGCGCGAGGUGAGUGGACUGCAGGAGCUGCUCAGGGAGCGGACCAAGGAGAACAGGAGGCUCAAGUCCAGCUUCGACACCAUCAAGGAGCUCAACGACACCAUGAAAAAACAGCUGACUGAACUCUGCGAGCACAACAAGAGGCUGGAGGGCCAGUCCAGGAAGGUGCAGGCCCGGCUGGAGAACCUACAGAGGAAGAACGACUACUCCCUGGCUCAGAGAGGUCGAGAGCACGCAAAUGAGAAGACGGCGGAGACUGGGGCUGCCAAACGAGAGAAGUCAGCCAGCUCAUCGAAAACAAAAAAGGGCUGUAUAGGUCCCGCCCCUGUCAGGCUCCUGGCUCUGCUAUUGGACUGGGUUGUUGAUGGACAGUCCUUCCCCCCAGCAGCAGGAGACAGAGAGGCGGUCCUAGAUGUCCCUCUGGUUGUCUCGCUCCACGAGAGGUGCUCCAAGGUGUUGCCUCUGUUGGUGGAGCAGCUUCAGCUGACCUCAGGGUCAGAUCCUUCCCUCAUCCUGCCCCUCCUGCGCUUGAUCUACCAGGCCCUCCGCCAGCUGGACAGCACCACACAGCCCGUGACUCUGUGUUCCACCCUGCGGCGUUUGGGAGAGGAGGUGUCCCGACCCCCAGCUCUGCAGCCUAGCGGCCCCCCGGACCUCAGUGGGGCCCUCAGGCCCAGAGGCCCCACUCGGACCACCCCCCUCUACAGGAGCCCCUGCCCCCACACCCGCCUCCUCUCCGCCCUCAUCGUCCUCAGGACCGUCACUCAGGCGGACGUGCUGGCCCAGGCUCUGGACAGCAUCCACGGGGAGCUGGCGUGCGAGCAGAGCCGCGGUCUGUUCCUGCACCACGCUGGCCUGCCUGUCCUGCUGACCCUGCUCCGGGGGGGCCGCGGGGGCCCGCACGCCCCCGUAGACAUCCUACUCCUGCUGGCCUCGCCGUCCCGGUUCCUGAGUCCGUUCCUCGAGGCGUGCAGCAGCGAGGACUUCUUUCGCACGGCCGCCCUGCUUCUAAGGAGCUCUCGUCUAGCGCUCCCCCUGCUGGAGAAACUGUCCAUCCUGCUGCAGAAGCUCUCCACCCUCAGGAAGAACAAGCGCCUGUUUGAGCUCUGCUCCCUCCACCUCCUGCUGCAGGAGAUGCUAAGGACUACAGACCCCACACACACCUUCCUUUGCCUCAACCUCAACUCCAUCCUGCUGAACCUCAAGUGAGGGGGGGGGCCCAGGUCCCCCGUCACACACAUCCUGCUCCGGCAGAACCACGGCCGUGCUAUGGCGCGAACCAUAACCUGGAGGGCGUCAGAAACUCUCGACGAUGACCUUUUAAAAAGGUGCCUCCGUCUGCCGUCUACAAGUGUUUGUCGACAGUAACUUCUGAGUUGUUUGUCAUGGAUUUGUUUGUUUAUUUAUUUUUAUUUUUACUUUUUUUCAUGUUGCGCAAUUCAAAAUGGCGUGGUGACACUAAUCAUGUUUGUCAAAGGCUGUAAUGUAAUGUAAAGGGUCAUAUCGUUUUCUGCCGUCAGGCUUUUUAACAGCAAUAAACAAAGAACCGGAGAGAGACAACGAAGCAGACAUUCAAGGUGAAAAGCGUAUGUUUCGUGUGGACGUAAGUCUGUUUGUCAGUUGUCAAAGUGAAGCCGGACAUUCGACCUUGUGUGAUGUCAUGCGGGUCUGGGGCUGCUGUUGUGGAAGGCUGGAGGGGAAUAGGGACCUGACAGCCAUGUCGUAGCUGAACUCUCUCAGGUGCUGUGUGGCCCUCUCCCUGCCCCUCGACCACAGCACAUCCUCACACACACACACACCUGCCCACUGCUCCGAUAUGUAACUCAAUCUCUUCCAAGAGGACUUUUAGGCUUGUGUGUUGCAUCUUGACAUUUCCCGUUUAACAGAGAACCAUAUUGGAAAUACAGAGGUUUCCCCAAGGCAUUACUUUUAAACACACACCACACAGUGAGUUCUGUCCCCACACUGUUAGCAAUGUCCUUCGUAAAUAGUCCAGGUGUCGUCCUGGGCUGGUGGGAUGAGUUUGCUGAAGGCGUUGUAUGGGAGAGGUGUGUGAGAGCUAGGCGGGGGGCGAGGAGCUUCAGACUUUAGCCUGUUCUGUCUGCUCCGGUGGGAUUCCCCCUCGUCUGAGCUCUGAGGAGAUCAUAAUUAGCUGUCAGUCUGGAUGUGAUGAUGAGGAAUCAAAUCAGGCAGCACCAGCACAAGGGACGUUCCAUGCAGUCCAAGAGGUGAGGGAGGAAUAUCUCACACACACACACACGGCUGAGGGAAGUAGAACUGACAGUUCCGAGCAGUCGCCCUUCUCUCCUGACAUAUCCUCGGGUGAAAGUGUCUCGACAGACUGCAAAGUCGAUGAUGGAUAAGCGAAGACAUCUCUUCUGCCCUGCAGCACACUGCUCCCCUCCCCAUGCUAGGUUCUGUAGAUAUCUACCCAUGCUCUUAGGCUCCAGGUCGGUCCUGUUCUCAGCCAUCUUCCCUGUACUAAGAUAGCACAGCUUCCGGUCUCAACGGCGUGCCAGAAAGAGCCAGAGAGAUACCCAGGCGCAGCUGUGGUAGGGUUCGUACCAACUGUGAUAAUGUGAUUGAUCAUAGGGAUUGACUGAUGCUCCCAUGCCGAUCCAGGCCCCGUUCCUUCCUCCAACCCCUGGUCCUCUCUGAUCCCACAGCAGCCUCGAGAAAAGGCCUGAAAGGACCGAAACCUCAGCUGUCAUCAUCUGAUUUAUUUACUUUCAUUACUUCAAUUACCCAGGCCGGGUCCACAGCAGGCUGUGCUCUGUGUUCCGUACAAACACUCAUGCCCCGCUAAGCUUCAGACACGGAGCUGCGGUCUCAGUAAUUUAUGCCGGGGCUUUGUCAACGGAGCGAAUCUCAGUGGAAACUCCGUUUAAGAGUACCUCUCCUCCAAUCUGGCAAGUAAACCUCAUUAAAAUGUUAU